AUCAAGGGUCGCAGAAUCCGGUUCGUGAAAUUAAAAAAUACUUACGAAUUUGCAACUUAUAGUCCAUAUAUGUUUCGAUUGAUGUCCAGCAUAAUGAAGGACUACAAGCAGGGCAUGUUCAUUGUUUUGGCUUUUCUGCCAUGGUUGUGCAUUAAUUUGGUGAAUGGGCAUGGCAUGAUGCUGGAUCCACCGAGUCGUUCAUCGCGUUGGCGCUACAACGCAUCUGCGCCGAAAAACUAUGAUGACAAUGGAUUAAAUUGUGGUGGCAUGACGGUGCAAUGGAACACAAAUAACGGCAAAUGUGGGCUAUGUGGAGAUAACUAUGCCUUGUCAACGCCACGAGCCAACGAAAUUGGUGGUUAUUAUGGCGGUGUUGGCGUAAUAACGAAAGCAUUUCACGGUUCCUAUACCGCUAGAGUAGGGAUACGCAUCACCGCAAAUCAUUUAGGCUAUUUUCGUUUUGAUAUCUGCGAUUUGACUGAAUUUGGCGCAGAAUCGGAGGACUGCUUUAGCAAACAUUCGCUGCGCUUCGUUGAUGGUUCGAGUCGAAUGUAUAUUGGCAGUACAAUCGGCUGGAUUGAUGCAGACUUAGUUUUAUCUGAAAACUUGAACUGCGAACAUUGUGUGCUCCGUUGGACCUAUACUGGUGGAAACAACUGGGGCCCUUGUGGGAAUGGUACAAGUGCUAUGGGCUGUGGGCCGCAGGAAACAUUCGUCAAUUGUGCUGAUGUUAGUAUUGUAUAUCCAGUUAAUCGGCUAGCGCAUUCGCGGCGUCUGAAUGAAUAUACAGUGGAUAUGCCUGUGGACGUUGAGGCUCCAGAUUUUUUUUAGAAGGAAAUAAGAUUCCAACAAAAGAAGUUCGAUGGCAUUUGAAAGGAGCAAUCUAUUAAAAUGGACAUGCAUAUGUGCAUAUGUAACUAUAA